AUGCACGGAUUCGUGAACUCAUCCAUCCUUACUGCCAUCCUUACUACCAUCCUUACUGCCAUCCUUACUGCCAUGCUUACUGCCAUCCUUACUGCCAUCCUUACUGCCAUGCUUAUCGCCAUGCUUACUGCCAUCCUUACUGCCAUCCUUACUGCCAUCCUUACUGCCAUCCGUACUGCUAUCCUUACUACUGCCGUCCCAACUGCCCUAGAGCUCAUGGGGCUGAAUGGGGGAGCACCCUUGCCCGCCACCAUCAGCGGCCUGGUGGACCUCUCGCACCUGACGUUGGAUGAUAGCGGCAUCACGGGCUCCAUCCCAUCCACCAUUGGCCAGCUCACUGCCCUCACCUGUUCAAUGGCUCGCAACAGCCUCAGGGGCAGCUUCCCCAAGUCCUUCAGCAACCUGGUCAACCUGAGAAGCGUUCAAGUCAACCUCACCUCUAUCCUACCAUCUGUUGCUUCCUCUCUCCUCCAGUAUCUCCUCCCCUCUGUCCUUCCUCUCUCCUCCGUUUUAUCCCCACCACGCUAUCCUGUACUCUCCCCUACCGUCUCUCCUUCACUCUCUCCUCCCCACUCUCCUCCCGUCUCUCCUCACCUUUAUCUCCACCCCGCUCUCAUCUCAUCUGCCCGAGGGGGGGCGUCGACAGGGGUGGUGGUGGGGGUGGUGGUGGGAGCGGUGGUGCUGUUGCUGGGAGUGAUGCUUGUAGCGGUGUGCUUGUAUCGGAGGAUGGGCAAGGCGGGGGCAGCUGCAAAUGAAGCAUCAGCAGCAGAGGGCAUGUCACGGAGCCUGCAGUGCCAGCGCUACCUCCUUGCCUGCAGUGCCUCCUUGCCUGCAGUGCCUCCUUGCCUGCAGUGCCUCCUUGCCUGCAGUGCCUCCUUGCCUGGAGUGCCUCCUUGCCUGCAGUGCCUCCUUGCCUGCAGUGCCUCCUUGCCUGCAGUGCCAGCGCUACCUCCUUGCCUGACGUUCUAUAGGAAUUUGGGGCGCUUCAAAAUUCGUCUCAUUUCUCCCCCCGUCCCCCCCCUCAGCAGCAGCAGCAGCGGGCAUAUCAGGGAACCAGCAGUGCCAGCUCUACCCCUUAGCUGA